AUGCCCGUCACCGAAGAUAUGCGACGACGCAACCUCGAACAACGUAGGAGACGAAUGUUGGCGAGCGGAAUCGAUGAAGAGGCGGAAAUGGCCCGUGCACGACGGGCCCGGCGUCCUUCGGUGGAAGAGGUCAUCGUCAUCAGCGACGAAGACGAGGACGAGGACCGAUUUCGCACAGGACGUGCGUCCCAACGAGAGCGGAUGACCGAAGGUGAGUUGGAAAAACGAGAUAUGGCUAUUCGCUCACUCGGUUCAGAUGAUUUUCAGUGGUCGCCGAUCUCAUUUCUCGCAGUUCCCCCUGGUCGUCUCGCGAGAGCACGAAAUAUGCACCAGCACAGUGUUCAGCUAGACCGGGCGCGCCUCGAAGGACGCGUACGAGCGCACCUCAAUGGGCUCGUCGAUGAGCAAGCGAACGGCUACGUCGACCUAUUCGGCGGUUGGCGCGGCGUCGUAGGCCAGAUUCGAGACGCAUUCACGCAUAUCGGAUGGGGUCCACCUAUUGCGACGCGAUGGGGUCUCGAGGAGACGUUUCUUGGGCCUGAACCUCCAUCAGAGGAGCGCGAGAUCGAUUUGCCAGACGCACCCGAGUACCAAACGUCGUUUACCCAUCCCAGAAAGGCCAUUCCAGGCUUUACGAGUGAAUUUGCUCCGCUAGAGAUCGUAGAUCUCGACAGCGACGACGAGUACGAUCC